AUGGGAAUUAUUUCAGAUCAAAAUUGUCAUAUCUUACAAUGUUCAACCGAUGAGCUAUGCGUUGUAAGCGAAAAAACAGCGCGUUGCGUUAAAAAUGAUAAACUUCACGAUGUAGAUGGUGUCCAUAUUGACUUUGCUAGCGGUAAACUAAUCGAUCAUCAUGCCGAGGAGACAAGCCAUUAUAGGGCAGGUCGAAUGAAACAGCAGCAUAAACAUCAACACUUACCGCGACACUACGAACAUGUCGAGACGACGAAUUACAGUAUUCAUUAA